CCGUGCUGACAGGUUCGAAUUUGAAUCCGUGGCGCUUUCGUUGGACAGGUGAAUCUGCGAUGCAGAGGCGACGGAGAAUGGCGAAUUGAUUUCUGGAACCUGAAGAUUGUUCAAGGUCUCUGGAUUUUUGACGUGCGGCAAGGCGAUCAUCGGAGUCCUGAUUCACCGAUGCGGAUCUAGGUUGAGCUGCAUUUGGACGAUUUUCUCCGCCAGGUGUCCAGGGAGGGAGCAGACGGGCGCAAAAUAUGAAAGUCAAAAUUCUGAAUGGCACGCAGUAGCUUCAUGGACAUGGGAUGCUCACGAUGAUGCCUGUGGGAUUUGCCGUAUGGCGUUCGAUGGGUGUUGUCCUGAUUGCAAAAUGCCUGGAGACGACUGCCCACUCAUAUGGGGUGCGUGCAACCAUGCAUUUCAUCUGCAUUGUAUAUUGAAGUGGGUCAACUCACAAAGCCCAAGACCUCAUUGCCCCAUGUGCAGAAGAGAGUGGAAGUUCAGAGGCUGAACGCUGUAGGUAGGGUGUUGUAAGUAAUGAUAACUUUCACCUGAAGGUUUAGUCGUAAGCUGGAUUGAGUGAGAUCACCUCAAGUAGGAAUAUUGUUGGUCCACCGGCUGCCUGGCAGGCCUCAGGAGGCGGUAAACCACCCGUAGCUUCAGUACAAAUAGAGAAAAAUCGAUGUUUUACGUCAUCACCAGCUUGAGACAAGUAGAUGAAUCUUCUUCACUGCAAAUCGGUGUUUGAGCUGCCAUGAUCUUUGCUUUCUCCCGCAUUCCUAGAAUUCUUAACGAACAAGCAAAUUUUGAAUGCCGUGAGCAUUUGUAAGCCGAUGCGUAAGCAAAUCUUUAGUAAUUCCAGUCUAUUUAUGGC